AUGCAGUUCUCCACCAUCCUCAUUGCCACCGCCGCUCUUGCCAUGACUGUCAUCGCCGCUCCCGUUGCCGGUGAUGAUAAGGCCCACACUGAGAUCCACGACAGCGGCAACGUUGGCGAUAUCUCCCAGAGCGGAAACCAUAACGUCUGCAGCAACCAGCAGGACCGCACUACUCAAGUCUGCUGCAACAAGUCCGACAAGUCUAGCGCCAGUGGCCUCGUUGCCCUCGAUGCCUUGAACAAUGUUCUCUCCGAUGCUUGCUUCCUCUCGGAUGGAUGCAAGGCCGACCAGAAGACCUUCUGCUGCAAGCAGGAGAAUAGCAGCAACGGAAUCAACCUUGUCCAGCUCAACAGCUGUGGUCCUCUCAUCGAGGCUUUGUAG